UUUUUUUUAUUUUUAAAAUUAGUUUUCUUUAGAAUGAGUGAAAAUUUACAAGGUGUUAAUGAUGAUUUGGCUAGUACUUUAUGUUCUUGUUCUACUUCAACUUUUGAAGAUUCUUUAAAUCGUAUAAAAUUAUUGGAGGUUGAAAAAGACAAAACAAAUUUGGCUUUUCAAUUAAUUUUGGCUAAACUUGAUUUGGUAGGGGGUUUUUAAAU